AGCCGAUGGUCUGCUGGUAGCCCAAGCUGUUUAUAGCAUAGCUCUGGGUAACUCAUUGACCUCUGCGCCGGCGGCUGUACUGGGAAGCAGAGGUUCCCAAGAUGAUAAGCCGCUCUUGGAAGAAAUUCCUUUCCCUGUGUGAGGGAGUGGCGGUGCUGGGCACGCUCGCCUGGCUUGCAAACACGUACACAGUCCUGUGCACACGCACAGGCGCGCGCUGUGUUCUGGCACUAGCAACAUUCCCUUGGGGGACCUGGCUUGGAGAGGUCGGAGCUUCGUGGGCAAGAGUUCUCCAGGAGGAAGGCACUGCUGGGGAGAAGAGAGAGGGGCCCCACGCAGGCACACGUGCAGGAGAAGGUGAAGAGUGUGACUCCUGCUGCCCCGACUCACCUGUGCUCCUGCCCUGCUGGGAUCACCUGCAGCGCACCACAGCCGAGCACCGGGGAAAAUGGUGGCGGGAGAAGACGAUGGCAUCAGGUAAGGCUUGGGCAUUGGAGCCAAGUGACCCCACUACCGAGGCAGCAGAAGGCUCUCUGGACCCUUCCUCGGUGCAGCUGGCUAUCGGGGAGGGCUUUCCACCAGAGAUUUCGCUCUUUUUCUCCGUUGAGAGUCGCUCUUCCCAGUGCCUCAAUUCCCAGCUCCAGGAAGCCGCCAGAAAGAAGCUGUGGGCCCUAGAGAGUGAUGACAGAGACGUCUGUGCCCUGUUCAAGGAGCUGUCAGCCAGGCUGGUCUGUAUGCAAGCACAGGAGGAUCGGUUCCUCCUCACCUUUAAAACCCUAGAAGAAGUCUGGAAAUUUUCCACAUAUCUGACUUUAGGGUAUGUGGGCAGCUGCUUGGAGCAGCUUCUCUUUGACCAGGAGUACUGGCUAAACUGUGCUCUGAUGGAGGACACAGAGAUCAGAGUUACUGUGGAUGAAGAUCACUUGGCCACCAUAUAUAUGGGUCUGCUACUCCAGGAAGGUAACUUUUUUUCCAGAGCAGUGCCUGGUGUCUGGCAGCCAGAGCAGGAGGGAGAGGAAGGCCUGCAGCUCUGCAAGAAUGAGCUGAUCCAUGUGAAGAAUGUUAGAGAUGAGUCCAAGUGGGAAGGGAUGUCCUUACUAACGGGUCAACGAGGCCUGGUGCCUGUGACAGCUCUAGAGCCAAUACCUCACCCAUUUUACCAGUGGUUUCUGAAGAAUUAUGCCGUGAGUUUUGGCAUCUCCCAGGAGAUCAGUGAGACAACCUCUCAGCCAAUUGUCAAAGGCAGGUGUACAGCCACAGAGGACCACAGAGGAGCAGCACGGGAUGAACUGAGUUUCUCCAAAGGAGACAGCAUAGAAGUAAUUGGCUUCCUCAUUCCAGGACUCCCAUGGUUUGUGGGCAAAUCCCUCAGCAGUGAGAGCAUUGGCUUUGUCCCAACCCGAUACAUAAAUCCUGAGGCUUGCGAACCUCUGGAAAAGGACUUGGUGUUUCUGAGCGAAGAAGAAAAAUCCCCCCUCCUGCGCUUCCCCUGCAAUGGUGGUGAACAGCACUUCACCACCCUCCUCAGUGAGCUGGCACGCACUGACAUCACCUCUGUGUACCGGCUGGAUGGUUUUGAACCUACAGCCAUGUUCCCAAAAGUGCCAUCAGAGGCUGUUCGCCGUGGCUGUAAAGAUAUCCAGCUGCUCCAGUCUUGGGAGGAAGUAAAUGGCUUGGCUACAACUAGCACCUCCGAACUGUCUAGCCCAGGAAGUGCAUCAGCCCCUGCUAUGUUGGAAGAUGAUCUCCCAGAGAAGCUGGAUGAUUUUGAUGAUCCCAAGUUCUUUAUUGACCUGAAUGCUGGACACAUGGAAGAUGCUGAUGUCUUUAACCCCAUAUUAACCUUCCUUAACCAAGACAGUUAUGUGCCCAGUUUUCAAAUCCUCUAUGAUCUCAGUUUUUCCUUUCUCAGCUCCAUUUUUUAUGGUUUCUCUGAUGAGGAUGAACUGGUCUUGUACCUUGAGAUGUCCAGAAACUGGGCCAAGAGGACUCAUUCAGUUUGGGCUCAUGUCAGGCUCUGUUUCCUCUUGGGUAAGCUGUGCAUCAAAAAGGUCAAGUUCUCCCAGGCUCGAGUCUACUUUGAAGAAGCCAUGAGCAUCCUGGACAGGGGUUUUGGGGACCUGCCCCUGCUGGCUGCAUUGCAUGUCAACCUUGCCUCCAUCUACUUGAAGCAGAACAUGAAGCACAAGUUCUCCUCCCUGCUGGGAAAAACAUUGGCCUUGCUUGUCUGCUUGCCCGACCGCUCUUUCAGCUCUGAGAAUGAGCUGGAAGUCAUGAUGUACGUCCUGAGAGAAGCCAUUGCUGUGGGUAAUGCUCCCUUGGAAGCACGGGUCUGCUUCCUUAUUGUUAAGCUCUUCCUACAACUAGGCAAAAAUGAUGAAGUGCUGCCCUUUACUGAGCAUCUUCAAUGUCUCAACACCACUUUACUCAGCCCGUACACUAGUUCUGUGCCAUUGGAUGCUACCCCCAUCUUAAGCUACCUCUAUGACAAGAAGUACUUGCCAAAUAUCGCACUGGCCUCUGCCAGGUUGUUUGUUCCUAGUGGCAUCAAGGGGGCACUGACACCCAUUUGGAGAGCUGGCUUCAUCGUCCAGAAUACUUCAAAACUCCUGGGAAGCCAGAUGGAGAGGAGUGGCAUCCCAGCACUGGCUUGUUUCUAUCUCAAGCAAGCACUGCAUUUCUCCUGUGAGACCAGAGCUGUGCCUAUCCAGAGGACGCUGUGUGCCAUCUUGUCCAGAAUGUACCUCCAGCAUGGCAUGUUGGACGGAGCGGUUUGUUAUGCAGCCAUAGCCGUAACCUGCAGCAGACUGAUGGGCGAAGAGGAGGCUUUUGAGUCUUCCCUCUCUUUGGGGUGGAUGUAUCUCCUGAACAGACAGCCAGGCCCAGCUGCAGACAUCAUGUACCAGCUCCUGCGCUCUCUGCAUGGGACAGACAGCGUGACUCAGGGGGGAGCCGUACACAAUCUCCUGGCCAUUGCCCUCAAAGGAGAAGGGCAGGUGCAAAAGGCUGCAGAGAACUACCUCCGGGCCCUGCACAAAGCCCAGGAGACUGGGAACAAGAGGAACCAGGCUAUCGCCCUGGCUAACCUGGGACAGCUAAGCCUCUCGCAUGGGGCGAGCCAGUUGUCUGAGCUCUACCUGCUCCAGUCAGCUCAGCUCUAUGCUGAGCUUCAGGGCAGCGAAGACCUGGAAAUGGAGUUGGUGCAGGUGCUGCUGUGGCUAGCACAGGCCAUGGUGAACAGGCAGAGGAUGGAAGGUGGCAAACUCUGUUAUGAACUGGCAUUGGUGUUUGCCCUGAAGUGGCAUAACAUGAGGAGUCAGCUUCACAUCACUGAGUCUCUCUGCCAUUUCUACAGCAAAGUGUCCCCCAGUCUCCAGGCUUGCAUUACCUACCAUGAGCACUGGGUAUCUUUGGCACAACAGCUCCAGGACAGAGAGAUGGAAGGCACCAUCCAUCAGACCCUCAGCCAGCUCUACCAGGCUUUGGGCACAUCUGAGACUUUGAGACAGUCUCUGGACUGCACCAAACAGAGUCUAAGGAUCUUCAUUGACCUUGAGGAGAGUGUGAAAGCAGCAGAGGCCUGGCUGCAGGCAGGAAGGCUCUACUAUCUUAUGCAGGAAGAUGAGCUGGUGGAAAUGUACUUUCAGGCAGCCAUUCAGACUGCUCUGAAAUCCAAGAACUUCUCCUUGGCCAUGGAUCUUUAUGAAAAAGCAGGUGAUACCUUUUUUAAUGGUAGCCGAAACAGAGCUCGAGCGGUGGAGUUUUACAGGGGAGGUGCUGUGCCCUUGGCCAGGAAACUAAAGGCCAUUAAGACAGAGCUACGGCUGUUCAAUAAGCUGGCAGAGCUGCAGAUUGGGCUGCAGGGUUAUGAGAAGGCGCUGGAGUUUGCCACGCUGGCAGCCAGGCUGAGCAUCAGUGUUGGAGACCAAUUGCAAGAGCUCGUUGCAUUCCACCGCCUGGCUACAGUCUACUAUUUUCUGCAUAUGUAUGAGAUGGCAGAAGAUUGCUACCUGAAGACACUUGCCUUGCGUCCUCCCUUACUGCAGUGCUCUGGAGAGGCCCUGUACUACUCCAAGGUGUACUGUCACCUUGGCAACCUGACCCUGCACAAACUGAAGGAUGAACAGGAUGCAGCAGCCUACUUCCUCCUGGCCCUUGCUGCAGCGACCGAGCUGGGAGAUCAGGAUUUGCAAGACCUCAUUCACGCCAAGCUGGGUGACAUCCCUGGUGCCCUGCAGGGGCCUGAGGGCAUGCCAGGCUGUGCCAAGUAUCGGCCCAGGUGGCUAAGUGAAGGUGGCCACGUCGUCUGACCAACCCGCCACCCCAGGGACUCACUCCAGUGUGAGCCAUCAAGCAGCAUUGUGCCAUGCUGCUGGCAUGGGUCCAUGUGCUCCCCGGAACGACUAUCCCAGGAGAGGUCCUACGCUGCAUCCUAAGGAGCUGUCAACAUUUGGUCUUCUUGUCCCUGAAAGGCAAGGGACCAGGCACUUGGGACCCUACCCUAAUUUUUCAGGAGCAGGGCUGUGAACUGCAGCUCACAUGGCACAGAGAGUUGGGCAUCUGGGCAGGAUGAGGCCCCAGCAGUGGUGCUGGAGCAUGAGAUGGAGUGGGACUGAGCAACAGAUGGCAUUUUGGGACUGUGGCUGCCCUGCCUGGAAUGGGGACAGGCGAGUGCUGCCAUGUGCCUGCCUGCCCCCCCAGCUGCUCCACACACCUCAGGUCCCAUGGGGCAGCUCAGCCCAACCCAAAUGUGUUUUAACUUGAAUAGCAACUCCUUUUUUUAUUCCUAUCUGGUUUCUGUCCUGUCUGCUCUGCAGUGGCCUGUGACCCAUACCUCUGCAGAGCCCGGCUCCUCUUUGGUACAAAGCACCACCAAAGCUUUUGGCAGUGAGAGGCAGAAUUAGGGAAAGGAGGAGAAAUGAAAGGCACUGGUCAAGCCCCGCCUGGGGAUGAGCCCUGUAUGCAGGUGGGCGGCUGCUCAGGGAAGGAGGCAGAGCCCACCCUCAGCCCAGCCCUGUGGUUCAGCCUCAGCUCUGCCACUGGAGUAACCGGCGUGACCUCUUCUGCCUCACAGCCCGUGUGCACUUUCAGCAUCUAAAGCAUGAGCCUGCUGUGGGACCUGCACAGUAAAAGAGCCAUCAGUCCCAACCCAGCCCAGGCUUUACAGGCUAGCACCCUAACCAGCCUCUCUUCUCCAGGCUGCAGAGCCCCAUGGGAUGCAGGAGCACUGGGGAGCAGAUGGUGAGGCUGGGCGCACAGACCUGUGCUAUGGCAUGCGUCCAACUCCCUGGGCAGGGGUGCUGACAAGACACAGGGGGACUUUUGGUGGGGAGAGGCAGCUGCACUGCCUUUGCAUGGGUCAUUGGCAGCCCAAGGAGAAGCUGGCCACCCGGCAGGCAGCAAGCACUCUUCAAGUGCCCUGAGCUGCGGGGCUGGGAGAGAAGCAAAAACUCCUCUGUGGAGAGAGCAGCAGGAACAGGAGGCACCCCGAGGAGGCUUCUCCCAAGAGCUGCUGCCCAGCACCAGGAGCAGCACACAGCUCUCCUCCACAGCCUUUCUCACCACCAGAGAGCAAUAAAUGCCCACGUUUGCAGCCUCGCAUGGGCACGUGCCACUUCCUGGCUAAUACCAACUUCGGUUUUCAGUCUGGACUGGUGCAGAGUGAAAAAUGAGCAGUUUUUCCAGCUCAUCUCUUUGCUCUGACAGCCAGUGGCCAGACACCCAGCUGGGGCAUCACAGGGAGACCGUGUUGCAAGUCCUUCCACUUCCCUGAUGUGUUCCACUGCUUGGAUAUGCUAAAUGCAGAACAUUUAUUUCCUCACCGCUCUUUGCAAACACUGAGUUCAUUUUCCCCUUUGCUGGGAAGGGGAAAUCCCUGGGAGGCAUCCAUCAUCUGGUCAAUGAAUAGUUUACUGCUUGUUUACCAAGCAUUCCUGCAGUGCCAUUACAGGAGCCUCAGCCCUGAGCUCAGAGGAGGUAGCUCUUUGUCCUAUUUGAAAUAUGGCAAGCUCGGGCAAGAACUGGUCCCCAAAACCUUCCUGCCUCACUCCACGGGACUUCCUGUUCUCAGGUUAGGUGGCUCAUGCUCACCAUGCUAGGGCAGGAUCUUUUCAAGUUUUUCACUUCAGUUCCCCUUUUUCUUUUCAUACACGGGGAAAAUCAGAGUCUCACAUCUUCCUUCAUACCAGAAGGCAGGUGGAUGACUGGACAUCAGGCUGUUGAGGGUGGGGAGAGAGAGAAGCUUUGAUGGCUCUGGAAUACCUGAGUGUCCAUGUGGUGGAGAAGUGUCCUGCCCUGGCACCAAGAUCUCCACCAUCUUUCCUCCUGCCUGACCCCAGCACCUUGCUUAGGGAUGCUCCCCAGCCCUGCUGCACCCUGCUAGACUGGUGCUCAGUAGUGCUAUUUGAUGAGAUGAGGUCCAAGGCCACCACACGGCUGCUGUCCAGGCACCCCAGCGGGGCUUUUGUUAGCAGCGGUUGUAGUGGCUGGUGGUGCGCUGCUGGCCAGGCUCUAUACUUGGAGGCUGGAAUGUGGGUGGCUGUGCCUCUGUCUGUGGCAGAGCCCCCAGACCCACACCGGUGGCCAGUGGCUGUCGUUAAGCCCAGUGGGGGAUGAAUCAUGCAGACAGUAUUCCUGCCAAAAUAUUCCUUCCAGAGCAAAGCCUGAGGCUCUUCUGCCUAGCACCAGUGAGAAAAUACGGGCUUUGUUUAAACAUAGAGGGUCAGCAUCUCAGCUGGUCUAAAUCAGCUAAGCUCCAUGAAGUCAAACAGAAAUGUUCUGAUUUGCAGGGACUGUGGAUCUGGCCCAUGGCUUUUAACCACGUGUCUUCUUUAAAUCACAGCAAACAAACUUGUGGCGCCUGGGGAAACAAAAAAGAGACUUGCUCCUUGGGAAUGUCCCAUAAACCAUCAUUUCUUCUCUCCCUCAUCUGCCAGCCCCGCUGUGAUAAAGCUGGGCUGUUUUCCUAGUGGGAUGAGAGGUCAGGGUGGCCAGGACUAAUUAAACUCCAUAAUAAGACUUGUAAAUAAUGUGAAACUUGGAGCUGUCAGUCCUGCGUACCAGCUCCUGGGCCUGCACCUGAGGAAGGGUGAGGAUAGCACAUCUGUCUGGCUACCAGUGCAGUAUCACGGGCAGAAAAGCAUGGUUUGGGAACUUUGUGCCAGAGGAGGUCACCAGGAAACAAGUCCUGGGGCAGCCAGGCUGGGGAUUAUCAUCCUCCACCCCUUCCUGGGUCAGGGGCAUACUGUCCAUCAUGCCUAGGGCGUGGUGUCUGGGAGCUGCCUGUCUUUUAGACAGCAGGGAGCACCCACGUGUGUAUGUAGGGAGGGAGUAGAGGGACCACAUAAGGGGUACGCACCCUGAGGUGCUGCAGGGUGCAGAGCCUGGCCCGAGUGGUGAUGUUGCUCCAAGAGAAGGUUAGAAGAGCAGGACUAUAGAGACACAAGAAGUAUUUAUCCUGUGGUAGGCACAGGCCAACAGUGUCCAGCCCUCCUUCAUUAGCACUAAUGUCAGACAGAGGAACAAAUAGGGGAAAGGGAAAGGAUUAAUCAAGUCUCCUCUUAUGCCAGGUGUCAUUAACUUGCUGUAGCUUGUGACUUAUUUCUGAGCCACAUGUGACUGUCUGCUCCAUGCCGAGCCCCAGGAGUUUUCCUUCCUUCAGGCCUCAGCCAGCCAAGCUGGAAAUAGCACCAAUGGGGACCACGUGCAGCAGCAUGUGCAUUCAUACAGCUGCUAAAAGCAGCACCUUCCUUCCCAGCACGUCCAAAGGGUGAAGUGUGCUGUAGGAACCUCCUCACUUUGGCGAUUCUGCAUGCCAAUGUCUGGACAUGGUGCUGACCCAUCUUGCUCUGAUCUUUCCCCAGUGCAACCCUCUGGGUACCAGCACUACCAGUCCUGAUGUAAGCCCACCUAAGAGCCAACACUGGCACUCUGGCCCCAUUUUUGUUUAAUGCCUCAAGGGGCCAUUUGAGGCCUGGAAUAAAGAGGGAUUGGAUUUCUUUAACAAAUAUUCAUUCUUGGACAGUGGAAAUACCACAACAAGAAUAAUUCUUGGAUCAUCUGAGCUCUGGUAUGAGCCUCCCAGGGCAUUAGGAAAAAGGAAGUGCUGAUAAUCGUAAAUACAGGUAUGGACAGAAGUAUAGAGUUAGCUAGAUUUAUUUCAGUUUAUAUGGAAACUACUUUUUCCUGAAGAAAUACAACACCCAACAAUAAUAAGUACUAUCAGCAGAUAUCCUUCAUCAUUCCUUCACUGGGCCUGUGCUAGAUGGAGGAAACCUCCUUAUUCCUAUCUAUACCAUACAGUUACAUCCCAACCUUUUUCCACCCCAUGCCUCAUACCCCAUGGGUUAAAUAAGAGAUAGAAACCCCCUCUGAGUACUGUCAAAGCCUAGCAGUUAGGCAGGGAAAGCACUUACUCCUUGGGAGGAAGGUCUGAAUUCUUGUGGUGUGCUGCACAUAUCUGGGGUGUGGAUGGGAGCUGCCUCACCUAUCCCCAGGACUUGCACCUGGGCCUCCUCUUAAGUGUAUGCCACCACAGCUGAUGCUGCUGUGCCAUCCCUGCUAAAAGCACACUGUAGCUCUACAGGGCUCUACUGGAGCUCAGUGCUCAGAUCCUAGGAUGUCACAUCAUUUAUCUGUCUUUAUCAGCCUUGGACUUUGGUAGAGACUGGCUUCCAGCACAGCCUGCCUCUGCUGGAGGUUCAUCAGUGAUGUGGAGGAGCAAAGAGUCUGAGGCAGAGGUAAACCUGAGCUUGUCUUAUCUCAGAGGUGGCUGGUCCUCUCCAGCCAGCAUCUUCCUGUGUUGCUUGGAACAGUAAUGAGAAGUUGGUAAACACCAGCUGUUCUGCUAAGCAGAGCUUGGGGAGGUAUGUAAACUGGCCAAUUUAGAUUAAAAAUAAUGUAUUUUCACAGCAACCUGGGAUUUUGUUCAGUGAUAAUUGGGAUCAUAAAUAUGUAUACCAGGAGGUGUAGCAGAGGUUGAUGCCAGGAGGCUGAGCAACAGCCAGGAGUCACUAACUGUAACUGCAUGUGUUUAAAUAAUCCUUCCCUUCCCUGCACUGUGGUAAGGCAGGCAGCAGCACAAGGCAGCCUCUCUAUGUGUGCUGAGAUGGGGGCCUAUGUCUGUGCUGCUGGUGUCUCUGCCCUGGGAGCUUGCCGUGUCCCUUGGGGAGGGGAUAAGCAAAACUAAAAUAAGAGGAAGGUCAGGGCAGUUGGGAAGUGGCCAAUGACUAUGGACAGGGAAUAGUGAGGCCAGGUGUUAAAAAUUCCUAUCUGAGAUUAAAUACUUGUGAUGAUAUGGCAUCAGGCAUGGGUUAGCCCUGGAGCUGUCAUCCCUGCUGUCACUAGCCACAGAACACACAGGUAUCACCAGGACUUACCAGCACUGAUUUCCAGAGUUGCUUUCUGCUUUUGUGGGCCCUUUGCAUUCAGCAGGACUGGUGGGAGACCAUCACUGGAUGCUGUGCUGGGCUUUGCCAGGGAAAACAUCUCUCUGAUGUUUUCAGAGAGGGGAGAGAGAACUGGUGAAAUGGUGAACAUGGUGAAGAAAACAUUAUCCCUUCCAAAUUCACAGCUGCUAGAGACCAUGUGUGCUGGUACAGGCACACAUAGAAGGGCAACUGUCUCUCCUUGGGCAAAGAGCUUUACGUUCCUGCCUUGUCUCAGCUCUGCAGACAAACACAAUGGUGCCAGGGUGCACUAAGGGUCCUAGCUAAGCUGCUUAUAGCUCCCCAGCUCCCGCAUGUUGUCCAAACAUCUACGUUCCUCUGAGCAGGAAACAGGCAGGAAAUGUGGCAGCAAGAGGCUCCCCUCACCACAGCACUGGAAACAAGUGUAGGAAACAGCAUGAGUGCCAACAAUUUCCUUCACACUACGGGGGUGGAAGGGAAGACUGUAUUUGGCUGCAUUGAAGACUGUUGGGUACAGUCCAGGAAUCAGGAUGAAGACAAAGCAAUGAGCCCCUGAGCAAGAGACAGGCUUUGAGAAAGGAAGAACAAAUUCUUACAUUACAAAAUUCCCUUUGUGCAUUGGUUAUGGGGUGGUUGUUUUAUUUUUCUCUUUUGUUUAGGUUUUUUUUCUUUCUUUUGCACCUGCUCUGACAGUGGCUUUGGGGCCACACAGGAAUGCAUAAACAUACAUCAGUGUGUAGGGAGCAACGGCUGCAGCAUUUACAUCCUGACUCUAAGGUUUAAUUCUGCCUGGGACACAUUUAGUUCCUUGCAGCUGGUUUUUGAAUUGCAGCAUGACUUUUUCUGACUGCUGUCCAAGACUGAAUCAGGUUUAAAACCCCCCUUGCUCCAGUGCUUUCAGAAGGAUUUGCAGAAGUUCUUAUAUGACUCCAGUGUGUCAGGCUUGUGUCCUUCUGAAGUCUCUUCAAGACUUUCCGAAGCCAUUAGCUGGGCUUUCCUGUCUUGUCCAUCUCAUGACUUGACAGAAGAAUAAACUCUGUGCUCUGGUGGUAGCUACCCGUGGGGCAGACCCUGCUGGAGCACCACUAAGGUACACGGCACCUGCAGGGUUGCUCAGUAUCCCUGGGCAGCCAAACUCUCCAGGAGUGUCAUUGCCUUCUGACUUGUCUCUUUGUCCUCUGAAUCUGCAUAAUCUUAUGUCUAUUUUGGAAUCUAUUUGAUACUCCAGAAGCUCCAGUCUUUGGGGAUGACAGGACCUGCUUUGUACCUGGCUUCUUCUGCAGAGUAGGGUUUGUGAGUCUGUCCUGGCUCCUGUCAGUCCUUUAUCAGCUCUGUUUUCCUUGUGUGUCCUACUGAACUCCUCCUUAAAGUGCCUUUGUCUGGGGUUGACAUCUUUUCCUCUUAAAUGUCCUUGAUGCUGUCUUGAUAAACUAGUAGACAUGAGCACUUGCGGGUCUUAGUUUAGUAUGGUUUGUUCUCAGGUUCCUUCCAAAUCUGCCUUGAAAACUGGCAGAUGACUACUUUUUUGAUACCCUCUGUGCUCUCAGUAUUAAUCUCAGAUAGUAAAUCCUUUGAUCUUGUUUAUCUGUUGUAUUUUCAUGUGGAAGGAUACAAUGGAUAUAGAGACACUUAGGAAAGAGUGUCUAUUAGAUAUUUUACAAAUCGUAAUAGUCUCUGAAAGGACAUCUGGUGAUUUGCAUUUGCUUUUUGGCAGGAAGGUUGUUGCCUUUGGAAGUCUGCAGGUGUCCCUUCGUUGGUGUCACAGCUGUUGAAAAUUUCAUCUUUCUUUUGUCUAAGCUGAAAUCUGCUCCUGCCUCUUCUCGAAGGUCUAAGCCAGGGCUGCGAAGGGUGAUGUUUCAGUGCCUUCAGUGCCAGAAUGUCAUCUGCUGUCAAAUGGUCCCACAAGCUUGGCAUGAUGCUGGCAGUCUGUUCUUCCACUUUGCAUUUUAAUUCAGCGUUGUGACUGUUUACAUCUGGCUGGUGGAGAAGGAAAAUGUCACAUAAGACCUGAGAAUGGCUGAUGGGCUCUGCCUCAUUGGUGUAGGGGCCUCUCUUCCAAUUACUGUGUUCCUUCCCUUAUUUUUAGUUCCAGUGCAGUAGAUCUUCCCUGGGCAAGAUCCUGUACUGCGUGAACCAUUCCUUUCUUUUUACUGGUACCACUUCUGUAAGACUGCCCCUCCUGGAAAACCAUCUUGGGUACUUUACUCUGUGUUAGUAGGGGCAUGGCACAACACAUUUCUUGCAUUAGGGUCUUCCUUGUGCUUUUCUUCUGCCUGUAAUGCACAAAGAUUUCCUCUGAGGUUAGUUGGCACUGGAUUUGUGAGCUGGUGGUAUUGCCUGCACUGACCAAAGUCUCCAACUGCAAUGCUUCCCGUGGUGUUGUGGGAAUUUCCACUCCGCAGCUUGUGCUGUGGUUGAGCCAGCAUAGACACUUCAUUGUGGCUUUGCCUGCUUGGGCUGUGCUGUCUCCACUUCCAGAGCGCUGAAGAGAUUUCUGUUCACUCCCAAAUCCCCUGAUGUCCUGGUGCCAUUUUUGACACCAAGUUUGAGGCUGAUCUGCAUGCAGCUGCCCUGCUUUGACUGAGAUUGUAUGGGCACUCAUUUCUCUGAAAAUUUGCACUACCUGCAGUAUCAUCCUUGGGCAUAAUCUGAAACCCUCAGUCAUGGCUUUGGUGGGGUAGCUUUUGCCCUUGCUUUUCUGCUCUGUAAGCUUUAGGUUAACGAUUUCAUUUGCCAUGGUGACCAUACAGGAACCGUAUGCACAUAAUUUUCCAUUGUCAUGUUUUACUUGGCACCACCCACAGACCUCUCUUUGCAGUUAUCUUUCUGCUUUUUAUCUCUGCAUACUCUGCUAGAUGUGCUUUGCUUUUUUCUCUUAUUUUCUUUGCUGGGCUGUGGAAUAUUGCUGAGUCUGCUUCACUCACCCAGCAAGACUGCCCUUACGUGCCCUGUCUCCGACAAGUUCCUUCUUCCCAUUCUGUAGUGAACAGACACAGCUCUGAAGGCUGGAUUAUCUUACAGGUUUGUGAACUUCAGCCGUACACAAAUACGUCAUUUUCCAGGCUCAUAACUGGAUGUUGUUUUCUUGGAUCACAACUGUUGACAAUGUGCUGCUCACUGAUGUGACUGCUAGAAAACAUCAAAGCCUUUCCCAUGCCUACCUGUCCCUUCUUCAGGUGGGAUGCUGCAGGGGUUUUCCAGAGCCACUAGCAACAUAUACACGUGCAGCCUGUGCCUGUUUCUCCUUGUAACACUGAUGCUCUGGCUUCAUGACCCUCUCCCAGUCAGCUUUGCUGCAGUUUGGCUGUCUCCACACUGUACUCUGAAGAAUGUUCAAUUGCUAAACACUUCCCAUCUUGUGUUGAAAGGCCUGGGGCCUGGAACCUGGUGUACUGCUGUGCAUACUGUUUUCUGGGUGCCGUUUGUUUGGUUUUUGUUUGCCUUGCUGGAUUUCUUGGCUCUGCCUGUGCCUAUGGGAGCCAAAUUGUCUCUUUGCCCCUGUUGGUGCUUUAGCCAAAGAAACAGGGAAUUGGCAUGGCACAGCUGUGGGCACUCCUCUCCAUGCUUUUAGCCAGCUCUGCUCUUGGGAUGAUAUGACUACAGGCACGUGGCUCUGGACCCACUUGCUAAACUCUGCUGAGAGGCAGAAGUCAUUUGCUUGUCCAUGGGUGCCAGGCUAAGACAGUGUCCCCACCUGUGCCUGGUGCUUGCUACAGCAAGCAUGUGGUGGCCCAGCAUAUGACACAAACCCAUCCUUCCUUGCCUCCUGCUCCAGGUCCUCCAAUGCUCCCUGAAAGUACUAGUCCCUGCCAGUCUCUAUAGUCCCAGGUGUUGCCUUUAUUGCUUGAGCAUCCUCCUAAUGGGCCAUGAGGUAGCUGCCAGUGCACUGUUGGCAAGCUUCAGUGCUUGGUCCAGGGCAAGGCACCAAGGAAGCUGCAAGUACUGUUUCCUAUUCUCCAGUCACAUAUCUACCAGACAUAUGCUACUGCAGGAGCCUGGAUUUGCUUGAUUUGGCAAUCUGAAAUGGCCAGUACCCUUGUUUUCCCAGGACUGCAGGAGGCUUGGAGGUUAUAGUGCUGCACACUAGCAGCUGAAAGUAGGGUGAAGCACUGCCUGGCCAGGGCAACACUGCUCUGAUCCCUCACCAGCCUCCUGUUGUUCUGGAACUAGUGUCCAAAGCAAAGGACACUGUGACACCCAUCUACAAGAAGGGCUGGAAGAAGGGUCUGGGAACUACAGGCCUGUCAGCCUGACCUCGGUACUGGGGAAGGUUAUGGAGCAGAUCAUCUCGAGUGCCAUCACACAGCAUGUACAGGACAACCAGGGGAUCAGGCCCAAUCAACAUGGCUUCAUGAAAGGCAGGUCCUCUCUGACCAACCUGAUCUCCUGCUGUGACAGGGUGACCCACCUAGUGGAUGAGGGGAAGGCUGUGGAUGUUACCUACCCAGAACUUAGCAAAGCCUUUGAAACUGUCUCCCGCAGCAUCCUCCCAGAGAAGCUGGCAGCUCAUGGCUUGGAUGGGUGUGCUCUUCACUGGGUAAAAAACUGGCUGGAUGUCUGAGCCCAGAGAGCUGUGGUGAAUGGAGUUAAAUUCAGCUGGUGUCCGGUCACAAGCGGCGUUCCCCAGGGCUGAGUGUUGGGGCCAGCCUUGUUCAAUAUCUUUAUCAAUGUUCGGGAUGAGGGGAUUGAGUAUGCCCUCAGUAUGUUUGCAGAUGACACCUAGUUGGGUGGGAGUGUUGAUCUGCUCAAGGGUAGGAAGGCUCUGCAGAGGGAUCUGGACAGGCUGGCUGGAUGGGCUGAGGUCAAUUGUAUGAGGUUUUACAAGGCCAAGUGCUGGGAGGCACUUGGGUCACAACAACCCCAUGCAAUGCUACAGCCUGGGGAGGAGUGUCUGGAAAGCUGCCCAGUGGAGAAAGACCUGGAGAUGUUGGUCAACAGCUGGCUGAAUGGUGCCCAGGUGGCCAAGAAGGCCAACAGCAUUCUGGCUUAUAUCAGGAAUAGUGUGACCAGCAGGAAUAGGGAAGUGAUUGUGAUAUCCUGAGGAAAAUGGUUUUUUUUGCAUUUUCCACUAAGCAAUAACAUGAACUAUGUGAGCCUGGCAAAGCAGAAUUUGAUGGCCAGAGAUGGGGACUGAGAGAUAGAGAAGCACUUGUUUUAGGACUAUGUCCUUGAGGAGAGCUGAGAGACUGAUCAAAGCAAACAUCCCGACUGAGAAGUGGCUGAGAACUGGGAGAUAAAGUGCAUAGUCAAGGAGAGCAACUAAUUGGGAUAUAGAUAAGAACUAAGUGCCCAUUAGGGGAACUAUCCUCAUUUUAAUACUAAAAAUCAGGCCCAUACACCAUGAACUGACCCCCCUCUAGUAAGUACCUUGAUCUAUGAGCAUGUGUGGUGAAUUAAGUGAGAAAGAAAUUAAUCAAUUAUUAGCUGAAGUGUGUGAAUAUUAGCUGUGACUGACACAUUUAACUGUACAAAUGCCCUGUAGUUUCUCGGUGUGGGGUACUAGUUUUGUGGGGUUACCACCUAGCACCAAUCUUUGCACAAAAAUGACUUGAAUAAAAUACCUCCGCUCUGUGUGUAGUUUAGUGUCUUGCACACCAGGUGAACGAACCCGCUUUUCUGGAUAACAAUUGUGCCACUGUACUGGUGAGGCCACACCUUGAACACUGUGUUCAGUUUUGGGCUCCUCAGUACAAGAUGGACAUUGAGGUGCUGGAGCGUGUCCAGAGAAGGGCAACGAAGCUGGUGAAGGGUCUGGAGGACAAGUGUUGUGAGGAGCGGCUGAGGGAGCUCGGGUUGUUUAGCCUGGAGAAGAGGAGGCUGAGGGGAGACCUUAUCGCUCUCUACAGCUACCUGAAAGGAGGUUGUAGCAAGGUGGGUGUUGGCCCCAAGUCACUAGUGAUAGGAAGAGAGGAAAUGGCCUCAACUUGCACCAGAGAAGGUUUAGAUUGGAUAUUAAGAAAAAAUGUCUUUACUGAAAGAGUGUUCAGGCAUUGUAACAGGCUGCGCAGAGAGAUGAUGGAGUCACCAUCCCUGGAGGUGUUCAAAAAACAUGUAGAUGUGGCACUUUCAGGAUAUGGUUUAGGAGGCCUGGUGGUGUUGGUUUGAUGGUUGGACUUAGAGGUCUUCUCCAACCUUGAUGAUUCUAUAUUUCUAUAAAUACCUGCUCCCUGGACAUAGAAUUUCUCCAAAGGGAUUGCACUGUCUGAAUUACAGAGAAGGGGAAACAUUUAUAGGUUGUCUGCAGAGGACAAGGAGAUGAAGAUGCUCAGAUGGCAGGUGAACAUGUGGGAAAUGAUGGGAGGUGGGCCUGGGAGGUUUGGACCACAGGGGAGAGAGAAAAUAGCAGAGAAACAGACAUUUUUGGAAGACUGAGAUGUUGCCAACACCUCUUGCCCAUCCCCAUGUGAGUGCAUGUGGGCAGGGGGUGUAUGUGUAAGAGAGAGAGAGAGAGAGAAGCUCAGGAGUAAUUAACAGCUCAUUAUUUCCUACAUUCCAGGCUAAAGGCCAUUUCCUUGGGCAGCCUCACAGACGCAGUUCCACUCUCACAGGCAUUCUGAACCCAUCCCCUGCCAAACCACAGCUGCCAUUCCUGUGUGAUUGAGGGAGAAGGGCCCUUUCCUUCAAACAAGGGUGAGAGGCCUUGGCUGAUGCAAAAGUAAACAUGAACCAUGACCGGGACAAAGGCCAUUAUCAUGGACAAAGGAUGAUGGGUCAGCUGCUGUUGUAAACAGUGCCUUUCCUGCCCUCCCCGUGCACCAGGCUUUCCUGGAGACCCUCUCUGGCCCCUGCUAGCCUGGAUGUUCUCACUGCAUCUGACUUCCCUGCCUUGUUUUGGUGUUACUUUCCAAAAAGCUCACAGCUGGGCAGAUGUGCAGAGUAGUGCUGUUUGGUAUCUGUGUGAGAGGAAGAUGAUGAAGGCAGCAGAGAAGGGGAACUGCAGUCACUCCUCACUCCUGGGAGGUGCAGGUAUUUGAAGUAUUGCUUUGGUGUUCAUCCACCUACUACUGCAGCCCUUCCCAGGCACCCCACUCUCCAGGCCUGGGAGCAAAGCCCGUCUGUACCUGUCAUUGUGGUGAACUGCCCAGGAGGUGUAUGCUAAGCCCCCUGGCUCACUGGUAGCCCAUUUGCACUGGCCUUUGGAGCAGAUAAUGUUCCUGCUCUGUCCCAUCUUGCUCAUAAGCAGCAGAAGAGGAGGAGGGGAUGAUAAAUGGAGACAGAUGCUGGUCUGAAACCAAGUGCAAGCAAGAUGGAACAUCUUUAGUGGGGAGAUGCUUUGCAGCCCUCCUUUGGGAUGGAGGACCUCUUAGCUCCCUAGUGGUGCUUCAGUGGAAGAAAGGUGCAGCACAAGCCAAUUCCAGAAGGCUGCAGGUAGCUGUCCUCAGUGUCAACCUGUGUCUGGGUGUUGGUACUUGCCUAGGGUAAGGGACGAGCUGGCAAGCAUGCUGCCAGUAUGGUGAACGACAGGGGACAGAGCUGUAGGUGACCACCUCAUACCCAGGGCUUCUUGUAGUGAGACAAAUUGGCUGAUCUCAGCCCACAGUGGCCUGUAGAUGCAGAGAUAAGCUAACACUCAACUCACUUGGGAACGUGGCUCUCAGCCAGCCUUGUCCCUUUCUCCUCUAGAAAGCAUUGAUUAAGCUGGAUUUACUCACCUACAGGACACCUCAAGUCAAGACAUGUCUAGGGUAACUGUUUAUGCAUUGCUUCUUGUACAAUUAGACAGCAAUAAAUUUCUUGUACAAUUAGACAGCAAUAAAUUAUAAUCAUUAUCAGGUUCUGACACUGGAUUGUGUAAACACUUAAAUUACCCUUCUGGACCUCAAAAGGCUUGUCCAGCCAGGCUUGGGGAGCUCCUCUGCUCCCACUCAGCCCAGACACUUGUGUCUUUGCCCCCUGUGAGUGGCUGGCAGUUCUUGAUGGCAGGAGGCUGGUUGGAGGGACUCUAUGUCCCUGCCUGGCCUCCCACCGAGUGCACCUCCAAGGUGUUAAGCAGCUCAGAGCCUCACCCUGUGAGUGAACAAGGGCCAGCCUUGAUGGACUGCAAUGUGUGCCGGGAUGCAUGCUGUAAUUUAUGCAUUUUUUGUGUGCUAAUAUCAACAGAGAUGGACUUUGUUAUGGUUCUGAAAGCAGCAGGCACCAAACUGCAGCCCAAAACAAGGUACAGCUGCUUUAAGAUGUUCUUCAGGCUGGCAGGCUCUGAUCUGCUGCAGACAUGGCACAUGCAGACUAUACAUCACACUGUGACUGAUAGAGUGUUUCCCUGCUGCAAGAUGGAGUUUUCAAAGGUUUUGAAAGCAGGUUACAACCUCAGUUACUUCCCUCAUAGUACCUUUUAAAAUCCCAAAUCUUUUCUUAUUAUUCAAGUUUUUAUCAAUAUUAAUUCUGAAAGUUAUCAUUACGGGUACCCCAGGACACUAACACGUAUUCCCCUAUUGGCCCUAGAUCUCCUAAUUUAGCUGUUUAAAAAGACAUCCAGUCCUGAUUUUCAAAGCCUGCAAAUAACAGUGAAUCACUCCAUUCCUGUGCAUGCUGUUUUGCUAUUUAAUUACUUACCCUGCUUCCUAUUCUGCAUUUGUCUGAUUUCAAUUUCCAAGCUCUUGAUCUGCUACUCAGUGAAAGACCUUCUUAUCAUCACAAAGCUUUUUCCAGGAUGGCAUUUAUAGCCUGUAAUCAAGUUACCCAUCUGUCUACUAAUUUCCAAAUUAAAUAGAUUGAGCUUCUUUAAUCUGUUACCACAAGUCCAGGUUGCCAGAUCUUUUUUAUUUUCUUAUACAUAGAGUGCACCUCAGCAUGAAUUAUAGGUGUCAUAUAUGUCCUGAGGGAGCUUUUUAAGGAGAGGAGAGCGAACUUCUCCAAAACUGGUUGAACUUUGCAGUUCAGAUUAGCAUUGCACUCACUGGUUUUGAUACUGCUUCCAUAUAUUAAGUAAUGUGGUUAAUAUUCAGUUCCACAGGUUAAUAAACAUGACCCUUUCCUGGCUGCCUUUAGUUAGGCAAGAUGAUGUUUUUAUACUGCAAAACUCAGCUCCUGUCCUGAAGCGCUUACAAUUUCAUGUAAGACAAGGUUCAACAAGGGAAGCCAUUUACACAGGCAGAUGAAAAAGCACCAGGGGAUGUGGUGACAGGUUUGCCUGGGUACAAAUGUCUGCUUCAUGCUUACAAAGAUGGCUAAAGCCAUGUAAAGGAAUGGAAAUAAGUGCUGACAUGAGGGAAGCAUCAGCCACAGGCACAUUCAGGAGCAACGCAAGUCUGAGUACAGUGGGUGAAUCUGUGUGUGCAACUGCGGCUGCAUGGGAGCCCAGUGCCAGGAGCCAAACUGGGUCUCUUGGGGCAGGCAGCCAGUGUUGUCUUCAGCUGCUCUCUGUGGAUGGGAGUGUUCCUUGGUGUGCUCGGAAGAGCUGGUUGAGGAUGUUGGGCUGGUGGUACAGAGGCAGUAGGAGAGGAAGAACAGGACAUGGUGGGAGAAUUGCUGAUGGGACUGUGCAUGGGGAUGGUUUUGGAGACUGAAGAACAGUCCAUACACCACUUUCUUGGCUCUUGUUCUGUGAUAGGUUGGCUAUGCCAGGCUCACAGGGCUGUGAUUACUGCUCCCAGGGACAUGCCACAAGUAGCCACAAACUUGUUAUCAUUGCUCAGUGACCAAGCCUGGCCAUGACUGUGUUCCCCACCGCUGUGGAUUCAUCAGUUCUCAGUGGUUUGAGACUGCCAAAGAAAUAAUGAAAUAGACUUUAAACCCAAACUGGGAAGUUUGAGUCUGUGGGAUAUUUCCCACAGCCCUGCAGUCAGUUUGUCUGCUGCCAGCACAGUGCCAGAAUGUCUGUGCCUUAGCCACCUCCACCUGGAGCUGCCUCUCUCCUGCCAUACUGGAUGGGGGCUGUAGGAGCAGCACAAGCAAUACUGGGUCAUUGGCUUACUUGGUUUAUCAUGAAAUUAUUCAUUCAGACAGGCAGCUCCUAGGAUAGCCAUCUGGCUGCUUAAUUUGUUCACUUCUACAAGAUCAAUAUGGAAAGCUUUGUUCUGAAGAGGCUAUUCUGCAUUUUCUGCAUUUUUUUAGGGUAUGGGAAGGCUGGGGUCUGCACCCAGUGGGUUGGCCUGGAGGAUGGGUUUUUGAGGGACAGUGUCUAAAACUCAGAAGCUGUCUGAGAAAAACAUGAGCCAGGACUGGCAGGUGGAAAGGCUGCACUUGGCCAGGUAGAAAGGGCUUACCAUGGCAAGGAGCACUGGCUGCUCCAAAGCAGGACUGUGCUGGAUUGCCCCAGACCUCUUCCAGAGAGAAGCCCAAGCUGGAGCCUGUAGAAAUCAUCGCCACCCACCAGAUGAUUGCCUGUUUAUAAAAAACCGACAGAUUUUUAAAAACGACUGAUAUUCAGUGACUGCCCAGGAGACAUGGAUUGAUUUCCUGCUCAUCAGCCAAUCUUUAUUAUUAUGCAUAAUUUUAGUUUCAUAAACAAAAGGCAAUUAAACCAAAGAGAUUAACAGUAGAUACCUAUAACUUAAUUUACAUGUAAUAGCUUUAUUAGCUUAAAGCCUAGAACAUUCCAGGAGAGUUUUAGCCCGUGUUCUUGACAUAUGAGUGCUCAUGAUAGCUCUCCGGCAGCUUUAACAAAGUAUGUGUCACAGUGCCUUGAACAGAGGCAGACUCUCAGAGAAGUCAGUGAUCUUCUCCCACCCCUCCUGCCAACAUCUGCAGUGCCAGGUGCUCACGGAGGCAAGAGCACCCCAGGGUUCAAGAGCUCUGAGUCUGUAUUGAGGUGUGUGUUAGUCUCACUUCAAAAAGUGCUCACAUUUCAAUGUAUAUUAGCACGUUAUCUCAGAAAGCUUGCCCCACAGCUGCUACUUCACAGGGCACCCGAGGCGAAUGCCACAGAGUACUCGCUGGCCCUGUCAUUUCUUGUACAUGUCAUGGCUUCAUCAUAUGUCUUGUUAGUUAAUUAGAGGACAGAAAAGCAAGCGGUGGCAGUCAGAGAAGCCCUACAAAAUGUGAAAAAUGUCAUAUGAGCUCAGAAAGUAAAGCCCAAGGUGCUGCCCUUUGUGAAAGCCACGCUUUGGCCUGUUGUUCAAGAUGAACAUGGAAUGCAGGCAGAUGCUUGUGCCCCACCAGAACAGCUCUGUUAGUGGAAAAGUACACUUAGCACAGCACCUUGCUGCUGCACUGUGCCCAGAGGACACGGCACGUCCAAGGGUGGCCAUCAGCAGCAUGCCAUUGCCCCACCUUUCAGCAGGGACUUCUCACUGCAGAUCAGUGUGAAGGAAGCAUCUCCAGAGAGUGUCCCAUGCUGGUACACUCUGGCUGCCUGAGGCCUAUCCUCCAGUUUUUGAGGGUGAUUUCCAGCAUUGCAUCAUUUUUACGGUACUGGACCUGAGUUCCACUGCCCUGGGGAAGCCAAGAUGCCUGUUAGUCAUGUGGUGGGUGAUGACUGCUCUGCGCCUGUUUUGCUGUGAGCCCUUUCUGCCAGCCUAAGCUAUCCUAUUAAUUUAUUAACUGAACAAAUGGCAUUUCCCCAGCUCUGCAGUGAUGCCCACUCUCUGCCCCAUACCACAACCAGCCAAGGAAGCACCGACUCUUGCCCCCACCAGCACCAAAAGAGAACAGGAGGAGGUUGUCAGCCUCUGCCCAAGAGGCAGACCAGGCAGUGCUGAAUUUGCCUCUGUGCAAAUCAACCUGAAAAGUGAAAGACCUUGCUGUAGAAGUUCCACCAGUGCCCUCCUGCAGCCCACACCAUGGGCAGCACAUACAUCAGUGCUGUCCCAGGCUUGCUGGGGAAACAGGAAGGCAGGAGUAAGUCUUCCAUUGCAAAAUGCAUAUGGUGCUUUCUGGAAUUUGCUUUUGCCAUGUGGCGUGCAAUAUUGAUUUUUAAAACCCUUCUGCUGCUUAUUUAGUUCUGAAAUCGAGCAGUGUGCCUGUAAGCUCUAAAUUUUAGGGAGUAUAUCGUACCUGACUAAUCUUAUGGUCUGCAUUGCCUUUUAUCUUGGCCUGCUAUUAAUUUAACAGCAGAUCUCUCUUUGUCAGUUUUGAUUCCUGGGGCACCAUAUAAUUUCAUUUGUAAAUUGAUUUGUGCUUUCUGAUACUUCAAUAAACCCAUUUGGUAUAAACACA